CAACAAUCAACACAAGACAACAAGACGCAAUGGCUUUGGACUUCUCCCAGACGCUGCCUCCAACAGAGAAAGACUAUGAUGAAGAGCCGCCCAAGCGACCAAAGGCUGAAAGCCAAUUGAAAGACAACGUUAGCCAAUCCGCCGCCAACGUGCCAUCGCUGCGGCAAGCACCGCACCUGCCGACUCGGGAUGACUUUCGGGAGGCGUUUGACCGGCAGCAGCGCCUGUUGCACAUGCGCAACAACAUCCUUGGCAUGACCGCGCACGAGCGACACCAACGGUUCAUCAGAGACUAUGUCAUGUGGUAUGGUGAUGGCCAGGCCUUCCUCGAAUCCCAGCGGCCGCAAGUUCGAAACGACUACGAUGUCAUCGCUGAGCAGCACCGCUUCGUCUGGGAUGACAAGGACACAGAGGAAAUGGACUGGGAGAAGCAGCUGGCAAAGCGAUAUCACGACAAGCUCUUCAAGGAAUACUGCUUGGUUGACCUGGCGAGAUACAAGACGGGACAGAUUGGAAUGCGGUGGAGAACAGAGGACGAAGUGUUUGCAGGCAAAGGCCAGUUUGAGUGCGGCAGCGUGCGUUGCGAUCGGCGGGAGGGGCUGCGCACGUGGCAGGUGCAGUUCAAGUACACGGAGCACGGCCGCACGCGCCGCGACCUCGUCAAGGUCCGCCUCUGCCCACGGUGCUCAAAACGUCUGAACUACAAGCACAAGCACGCGCGUGUGCGAAGCAAUAAGGAACACAAGCAGACACGAGGCGUUGACGCUGAUGACGACGACGACGACGAUGGUGGUGGUGGUGGUGGUGAUGAUGAUGGACCUGAGGUGCCUGCUGAUGUUGGCGAGAAGACAAGCGAAACAACAAGAAGCAGAAACAAACAGAAGCGACACCACACAAAAGCCAGGCAUCGCCAUGCACCAGAACGACAGGACCACAGGGCAAGACAGGCACACUCAUCACGUUCAUCGUCAUCACAACAACGACAGGAACCACCACCACCUCUCGCCACUGAUGACGAUGUCCUGCGUGCCACUCUGCUUCCCGAGUGAUGUGAUGUGUGUGAUGAUGUGACAUGACGUGAGAAAUGUACACUUGUCGAAUGAAAAGUGCGCGUGCGCGC